AUGGCUACGGCAGCACCGGACACCGGUGUCGAAGGUUGUGCUGCCGCUCCAAUUGGCCCUUCCUAUAAAGAUGAGAAGCCAAAGGCUACCGUCUCCGGGAAGAUUAAAUUCGACACUGUUCACGUUUUACCACAGACACCUCAGUUGAUCGCUCUGCUUACGAUUAUUCGAGACAAGAAUACUCAGAGGGGGGACUUUAUCUUCUACUCAAACCGUAUAAUAAGAUUGCUGGUCGAGGAAGGAUUGAACCACUUGCCCGUCAAGGAACAUGAGGUCACCACUCCGCUAGGACGAACCUACGCCGGUGUCCGUUUCGAAGGCAAAAUCUGCGGUGUCUCCAUCAUGCGAGCCGGCGAAUCCAUGGAACAAGGUCUCCGGGACUGCUGUCGUUCCGUCCGUAUCGGCAAGAUCCUAAUCCAACGUGACGAAGAAACCGCCCAACCCAAGCUAUUCUAUCACAAACUACCCAAUGAUAUCGCAGACCGUUGGGUUUUGUUGUUGGAUCCUAUGAAUGCUACCGGUGGUAGCGCUAGUAUGGCGGUACAGGUUUUGAAGGAGAAAGGUGUGGCUGAGGAGAGGAUUUUGUUUUUGAAUUUGAUUGCUAGUCCUGAGGGGAUUGAACACUUUGCGAGCAAGUAUCCGAAGUUGAGGGUUAUUACGGCGUUUAUUGAUGAGGGGUUGGAUGAUAAGAACUAUAUUGUUCCUGGACUUGGUGACUUUGGAGACCGACACUUUGGAACUUUGGAUGAAUGA